AUGUCCUUGAGGGGAAAGGAGACAGUUGAGUCCUUCGGCAGCCCUUCCCCAACCACGCCCCUCCUCCUCCUCAGCAGCAGCAGCAGCAGCAGCAGCAGCCCUUCCCCAACCAAGCCCCUCCUCCUCCUCAGCAGCAGCAGCAGCAGCAGCAGCAGCCCUUCCCCAACCACGCCCCUCCUCCUCCUCAGCAGCAGCAGCAGCAGCAGCAGCAGCCCUUCCCCAACCACGCCCCUCCUCCUCCUCAGCAGCAGCAGCAGCAGCAGCAGCAGCCCUUCCCCAACCACGCCCCUCCUCCUCCUCAGCAGCAGCAGCAGCAGCAGCAGCAGCCCUUCCCCAACCACGCCCCUCCUCCUCCUCAGCAGCAGCAGCAGCAGCAGCAGCAGCCCUUCCCCAACCACGCCCCUCCUCCUCCUCAGCAGCAGCAGCAGCAGCAGCAGCAGCCCUUCCCCAACCACGCCCCUCCUCCUCCUCAGCAGCAGCAGCAGCAGCAGCAGCAGCAGACCUGCGAGCAGUCUGUGGAAGCCGCGCAUGCAGACGCAAGCCCCGCUGCUGCUCUGGAAGGUCCGGUUUGCUGCAGCACAGAGACAGCUGCGGGAGCCGCUUCGGGUGUACGUACACCCCGUGCAUGCGGCGCAGCUGGGG